AUGUUGAACGUUUUGCAGACGAUGUUCAUGUCUGUCAUUCUGGCAUCGGACGCGAAAUCUCGAGGAAAACGAAGUCCUUCUGUUUGCAUGCCUGAAGAUCAGGAACCCGGUUGUUGCCUCUACGAUCUGAUCGUUGAUUUCCAACAAAUCGGCUGGAAAUUUAUUAUUGCACCUCACAAAUACAACGCCUACAUGUGUAGGGGUGACUGUUCUGUGAACCACACACAUGUCACUCGAUCAGGGCAUACGAAGGUGGCGAAAACGGGCAUUAUUACGAGACAAGACGCUACUGGUAACCAAGGAAUGUGUUGCCAUCCCGCUGAGUGA